AUGGCGCUCUGUAACUUUCAUCCAACCCUCUGGGGAUUCCAUUUGCAUGGAUUAUCAUUGCAGAAACCCCAGGAAUUUGGAUGCUUUUCAUUGCUUGAAUUACCAAAUUGUGGAGGUUACUAUACUUUAAAGACGAAAAGGUUUGGUUUUUGCAUCAGGGCUAAGUUCUCAGAGAAGCUAGCUGGGAAGGAGAACGGAAGUUAUGGAGCCACUGUGAAUAGGAAGGAAGUAAAGAAAGUGGGGAAGAAAGAGGAGCACCAUUUGUGGAAGAAGAAUGACUCUGCUGGGUCAGGCCAGAAAGCACUUAAUCUUGUUCGAAUGCUCUCUGGACUCCCAAAUGAGAAAGAGGCUGUUUAUGGAGCUUUGAACAAAUGGGUUGCUUGGGAGGUUGAGUUUCCCAUUAUUGCUGCAGCCAAGGCUUUGCAGAUCUUAAGGAAGAGAAGCCAAUGGCAUCGUGUGAUUCAAGUGGCUAAGUGGAUGUUAAGCAAAGGCCAAGGCGCUACAAUGGGAACAUACGAUACACUCUUAUUGGCAUUUGACAUGGACGAAAGGGCUGAUGAAGCAGAAUCAUUAUGGAACAUGAUUCUUCACACGCAUACACGGUCCAUCCCAAGACGCUUGUUCGCUAGGAUGAUAGCUUUGUAUGCUCACCAUGACCUUCAAGAUAAGGUUAUUGAGGUGUUUGCAGACAUGGAGGAGCUGAAAGUGAGGCCAGACGAAGAUACAGCAAGGAGAGUGGCAAGGGCUUUCAGGGAACUUGGUCAAGAAGAAAACCGGAAACUGAUUCUUAGGAGGUAUCUCUCUGAAUUCAAAUACGUUUACUUCAAUGGUGAAAGGGUUAGAGUCAAAAGAUAUUCAUCUGAAGAAGAUUGA